AUGCUGGGCAUUUCCACUGAGGUCCGUGGCAGUGGUGAUUCAUUAACCUCCCCUUGGUCUUUGUGUGUGUGUGUGUGUCUGUAUUGCAGUUUCCUCCUGGUGUUCAGCUGUCUGGUGCUCUCCGUCUUCUCCACCAUUCCAACCCAUCAGGAAACUGCCAACCAGGGCCUCUUCAUCUUGGAGUUUGUGAUGAUCGUGGUGUUUGGCUUAGAGUACAUUGUGAGGGUAUGGGCAGCUGGCUGCUGCUGUCGCUACCGAGGAUGUCAGGGGCGUCUCCGUUUUGCCAGGAAACCCUUCUGCAUUAUAGACUUUAUAGUGUUUGUGGCGUCAGUGGCUGUGAUAGCGGCGGGAACACAAGGGAACAUCUUUGCCACAUCGGCUCUACGUAGUAUGCGCUUCCUGCAGAUUCUGCGAAUGGUGCGCAUGGACCGCCGAGGCGGCACCUGGAAACUACUGGGCUCUGUAGUGUAUGCACACAGCAAGGAGCUUGUCACAGCGUGGUACAUUGGCUUCCUGGUACUGAUAUUUGCCUCAUUUUUGGUCUAUUUGGCUGAAAAAGACCACAACACAGAGUUCUCUACCUAUGCAGACUCCCUCUGGUGGGGAACUAUUACCCUCACCACAAUUGGUUAUGGUGACAAGACUCCACAUACAUGGCUCGGUCGGCUUCUAGCAGCUGGCUUCGCCCUGUUGGGGGUCUCUUUUUUUGCCCUGCCUGCAGGAAUCCUUGGUUCAGGUUUUGCACUGAAGGUACAGGAGCAGCACAGACAGAAACACUUUGAGAAGAGGAGAACUCCGGCAGCCACCCUCAUACAGGCUGCGUGGCGUCUCUAUUCUACAGAUGCUCGUCAUUCAUAUCUCACAGCUACCUGGUACUUCUAUGACAGUAUGCUCCCAUCCUUCAGAGAAUUGACGUUACUGUUCAGUCACCUUCAACGGCAACGUAACACCAAGAAGUUUCUUCACAACUACCACACGCUGCUGUCAGGGCUUCGGCCCUACAGUUCCCUCUAUGUGUCGGGGGACAGUGGGAAGAUUGGAUUUCGUGACCGCAUUAAGAUGAACAGUUCCCGCUCCACUCAGGCACUCCGGAGCAAGGCUUCUUCCCCUGUACCACCAGGGAGUGUGCGUCAAUCGCCAAGCAAUGAGAACAUGUCAGAAGCCACCAGUCCCACUAAGGUGCAGAAAAGCUGGAGUUUCAAUGACCGAACCCGUUUCCGCACUUCUUUACGGCUGAAAGCACGCCCUUCCGCAGAUGUGGAGGGAGUUGGGGAAGAGAACACAGAGGACAAGUCAUACUGUGAUGUUGCUGUAGAGGAUGUCAUACCAGCAGUGAAGACCCUGAUUCGAGCAGUUAGGAUACUGAAGUUUUUGGUUGCCAAGCGCAAGUUUAAAGAAACACUACGACCGUAUGAUGUGAAGGAUGUGAUUGAGCAGUAUUCAGCUGGACACUUAGACAUGCUGGGCAGAAUUAAAAGCCUACAGAUGAGAGUAGAUCAGAUUGUAGGCCGUGGUGCUGUUCCGUCUGAUAAAAGGGGAAGGACAGAAAAGGGUGAAAAGACUCCUCUGGAACUGGAUCCUCUGGACGAGCUUAGCAUGAUGGGACGUGUCGUUAAGGUGGAGAAACAGGUGCAGUCCAUUGAGAACAAGCUGGACCUGCUGCUGAACUUUUAUUCUCAGUGCCUAAAAAAGGGCUCGUCCCAUUUCACACUGUCCUCCUUACUGGAGCCUGACCUCACCUCUGACUACCACAGUCCCACCGACCAGCGAGAGCUCUUCACCUCUGCCAACACACUCAACAUCUCCAAUUCAGACAGCGGCAACAUGGAGUGAGCUCUGCAGAGAGCAGGAGAACGAUGAGCUGUGCCGGCAGCCACGGGACACGCAGCCAGGAGCUUCAAGUCUCACAUGACAAAUCCCAAAAAAACCCUUUUUACAGCCUUUCAAAUGCUCCAGCCAUUAUCACAUUCUGACAUGGCGUUGCCUACCUCUACACUGAUGUAUGACUUUAAAAUAUUUUAUGACUUGAUUCUGCACCUUGUUAUGACCCCAUUAAGAUGUAUAUUUCAUAAAUAUUUGAUUGUUAUGAAUGUACAAUUUGUUCGUUUGUCCAUUAUCAGCACUAGACGUUUGUUCCUCUCUUUUCAAAAUCCAGUAUUUGUCCCAUAAAAUACACCUCAUAUUUAAUAUUCAUGUCCUUUUCUGUUCUCCCUCACUUAAAGACGUCUCCCUUUGUGCUUAUCUGCAUUAUUAUUAUUAUUAUUAUUAUUAUUAUUAUUAUUAUUAUUAUUAUUAUUAUUAUUAUCAUUGUAUGUGGUGUUAAAAGAAGUCUGUAUGCAUUCUUGGGUAAACACUGAUAUUUUAUUUGAAGGAAAACACAUUUAUAAGAUAUUAUGAACUAAACAGCAGAGGGUUUUUUUGGUGUGUGAAAACAUGUCCUGUUAACUUUUCAGUCUUCCAAAGGAGAGGGUACAGAGCACUGUUACUUGACCACUAAAAACUGUUUCAUUUACUGUCACCUCUCACAUCUCUUUAAACACACACACACACACACACACGCACACACACAAAUAGUGUGUGUAUUACAUUUUAUGCACAUUUCAUUUGUCCUUUAUUUCUCAAUGCUGUGACAACAGAGAUCUUAAAAUGGACUAGUUCUUUUUGUUGUUUUAUUUUGUUACAGUAGACUUCAAUAAGAAAUCUAUUUUUCUGAGAGUAGGGCUUUAGUCUUCAGAUGAAUCUGAACAGAGUUUGAAUUUUAGAUUUUGGCCUCUAUCACUUUUAAGCUUUGAGCUGAUGCAGCAUCCUUUUUUGCCACAAGGUGGCGCUGAGCUUCUAAUGAAUGUACUGCAUACUUUUAACCUCAUGAUGUUGAAAAGUUCAGCAUUAUAGUCAAAAGCUGGACAAAGGAUAAACUCUUGAUUUGUUUGUUGCAUGGCCCAAAAAAACAUGCCCAUGAUGGGAAGAAUGAACUAGGUCUGGUGUGGCUCUCGCGCAGUUCUUUCACACACCAUGGUAACUUCUUAGCUGCUUGUAGCGCUUUCUAUGCUGCACAGAUUAGGGUAAAGCUUUCUGUUUU